CGCCCUCCCGCGCGGACCCCGCCUCCUGGCCCAUCCCAAGAUGGCGGAGAUCCCUCUGUACUUUGUGGACUUGCAUGAUGACUUAGACGAUUAUGGAUUUGAAGAUUACGGUCCAGAUCGUGACAGCAUGAGGGUGACGGCCUUUCUGGACAUCCCAGGCCAGGAAAACCUGCCUCCACUCGCUCGCCUGGAAAAGUAUGCUUUCAGUGAGAACAUCUUUAACCGUCAGAUUAUUGCCAGAGGGCUGCUCGAUGUUCUCCGGGACUUCAGUAACAAUGAGGAGGACUUCUUAACGGUAAUGGAGAUCGUGGUCAGAUUGGCAGAAGAUGCAGCACACUGCUGUGCGGGAGACAGGAAGAUGUCCCUCCCAUGCUCUCCUCCCCCAUACACACAGGCGAGAGGAGUGAGACGAGCGGGUGUUGGAGCUGCCAGUACUGACAGCUGCCCUGCAGCCCCCCCCCCACUUGUAAUGAUUGAGCCCACAGUGCGGACUGAGCUGAUGGAACAGAUUCCUCCUAUUGCUGUUUUUUUACAAGAAAACAGAUCAAAUUUUCCAGUGGUGCUCUCUGAAUAUCUCACACCAAUUGUAGUGAGGUACCUCACGGAUCCAAACAACCAGGUUAGAAAAUCAAGUCAGGAAGUGCUCUUGAUUCUUCUGGAACAAGAUCUAAUUUCCCAGCAUGAUAUUGAAAACAAAGUGUGUCCAGUCCUGCUGGCGCUCUCUGCCCCGGACAGUGAUGAUGAAUACAAAGCAGAAGCUGUGAACAUAAUCUGCAAAUUGGCUUCAGUGCUGAGCAGGAGCACGGUUGAACGCCUGCUGCUCCCUCGAUUCUGCGAAUUGUGUGCUGAUGGGAAGUUCUUUCAAGUUCGGAAGGUGUGUGCUACAAAUUUUGGUGAUAUUUGUCAUGCCGUUGGACAAGAAGCCACUGAGAAAUUUCUGAUCCCAAAGUUUUUUGAGCUCUGCUCAGAUAAUGUUUGGGGGAUGCGAAAAGCCUGCGCGGAGUGCUUCAUGGCGGUGUCCUACAGUGCGUCCCCAGAGGUCCGCAGAGCCCAGCUGUCACCCCUCUUCAUCAAGCUCAUCAGCGACCCCUGCCGAUGGGUGCGCCAGGCUGCCUUCCAGUCCCUGGGCCCCUUCAUUUCCACCUUCGCGAACCCCUCCAGGGCCGGCCUCUAUAUUCGAGAAGACGGCACUCUGAGCAUCCGACCGCUGGCUCAGGAUUUGGACUCUGAUCUCACCUCCGGGUCACCCAGUGCAGGCAGUUGUGGUAACACUUCCUCAGCCUGUUCCACAAAGCCGGUGCACAAGGAGCCAGACCUGCCCACGGAAGGCACGUCAGCGGGAACCAGCGAUUUCCUGCACGUCAGCAGCUCCUCUGAUGGCCUCAUGGCAAACUCAGUGGAAGACUCUGCCUUGGCUAGAGCCAAGCUGACCGGGCUUUGCCCCGAGGCUGGUGCCUCCUUGAGGCUUCCUGAUGGGAACGGCCUCCCCCUGCACAGCUACCCUGGACCAGGCUCCUCCACCGGCCCAGAGAGUCCUGAGGAUGCAUUCAAUAAUUUCUUGUAUUGGCGAACUCCUCUCCCUGACAUCAGCAAGGACUUAGAGCUGCUUCCGCGUGAGGCUGGGCCACAGGAGGAGGGCUGCAGCAGGCCCGAGACUGUGCGCCACAGCUGCGUGGCCAGGAGCGAGAUUCAGAAAGUCCUCGAUAGUUUGCAGGAGCAUCUGAUGAACGAUCCAGACGUUCAAGCUCAGGUCCAGGUCUUAUCAGCUGCUCUGAGAGCCGCACAGCUUGACUCUGUGAAUGAACCCGAGCACCAGGCGACGGAAGGUCGGAACAAGGGGUCCAUUUCCCAUCCCAGCCCUGCCUCUGCCAGUCAGACAGCUCUGCCGGCGUCGUCCUCACAGGAGCAGCUCUCCAAGCCCAGGACGUUACAAAGCCCAGACCUCAGCAAACCCUGCGGUGGGGCCACUGACCAUCUGGAGACUGAGCAGAGGCAUCUCCCCUCCCCACUCGAGGAGAAUAAAUCUAAAUUACAGGAUAUAAUACCUCAACCCCUGCUAGAUCAGUAUGUGUCAAUGACCGACCCCGCUCGUGCCCAGACUGUCGAUAUUGACAUAGCCAAACACUGCGCCUACAGCCUCCCAGGGGUGGCGCUCACCCUGGGCAGGCAAAAUUGGCACUGCCUGAGAGACACGUAUGAAACGCUGGCUUCUGACGUGCAGUGGAAGGUGCGUCGGACCCUGGCCUUCUCCAUCCACGAGCUGGCUGUGAUUCUCGGGGACCAGCUCACAGCUGCUGACCUGGUGCCCGUCUUCAAUGGAUUUUUAAAGGACCUGGAUGAAGUACGAAUAGGAAUUCUUAAACACCUGUAUGAUUUUCUAAAGUUGCUUCAUGAAGACAAGAGGAGAGAAUAUCUUUAUCAGCUUCAAGAAUUUGUAGUGACCGAUAACAGCAGGAAUUGGAGGUUUCGAUAUGAACUAGCAGAACAGCUGAUACUCAUUUUGGAACUCUAUAAUCCCAAUGAUGUUUAUGAUUACUUAAUGCAUAUUGCUUUAAAGUUGUGUGCAGAUAAAGUUUCUGAAGUCCGGUGGAUCUCCUUCAAACUAGUGGUGGCCAUUCUGCAGAAGUUCUACUCACACAGUGAGAGUGCACUGGGGUUAAGUUUCAUCAGUGAGCUCAUCGUAAGGUUCCGGCACUGCGCUAAGUGGGUUGGAAGGCAAGCUUUCGCUUUCAUUUGUCAGGCGGUGGUGAGCGACGAGUGCAUCCCCGUGGACCAGUUUGUGGAACACUUGCUCCCCAGCCUCUUAAGCCUUGCCUCUGAUCCUGUGCCAAAUGUGAGGGUUCUGCUGGCCAAAGCUCUACGUCAGACGCUGUUGGAAAAGGCGUAUUUGAGAAAUGCCGGUAACCCUCAUCUUCAAGUCGUUGAAGAGACUGUCCUGGCUCUGCAGUCAGACCGGGACCCGGAUGUGUCCUUUUUUGCCCGCCUGGAGCCAAAGCGGCGGAGCGCCGCAGACACGCCUGCGCUCGCAGAACGGAAUUAACCGCCCUGGGAUCCCGCGCACUCCGGUCACGUCGCCCGUGGGCACACACCGCUCGCCCCCGCUUGUCAGGGGUCUGCUGUGCCACACCUUCCGAGGGAGGAAAGACUUCUGAAACUUUGAGGGCGGGCACUCACAUGAUCCCUUUCCCUCGCGCAGCCCCAGGGACCGCACCUGGGAUGGGCACCACCCUUCUGCUCCCCUGCCUGCCGAUGGGGAAGCCUGGGACAAGGCUGUAGAACCAGGUGGGAGCAGGUGCGGGGGUCUCCGCAGCAUCAGGUCGCCUUCCCCAUGACAGACUGACUCUAUUAUUUAAAGCCCCCCUCCUCCCAAAAUAAAGUAGUUUAUUAGAAGCUUUUAAGUCUUUAAGAGACUUGCAUAUUUGGCUUCCCUCAUGCUUUCCUGUAAAAUAUAGUUUAUGGUAUUACAUUUUAUUUUUAACUGAAAUAAUGUACAUAUGUAAAUAACUCUUGACAGGAAGAAAAUAUAUUAACGUAAUAUUAGUCUCCUAUCAGUGAACAGAACAAAUACAUCAUUUAAAUUUAUGCUUCACUUGGAGUUGGUGCAAAUAUAGCCCAAUUUGUUUACUUUUGAAAAAUGUGAUAGUUAAGGAAAUCUACUAAAGAAUGAUUUAUGGCAGUCUUUCUAAUAUUGUACUUUUGUAUAAACUGUACUUGGAACUUUUCCUCAGGCACUUAUCCCUCCCCUUCUUGCAGUAACUGUAUCCAUAAAGAUACGUACUGGCCUCUGACAGAGGCAUAAAGUAGAAAGAUUUUUCAUUCUUACAUGGAUUUAUUAUCCUACGUUUAAGAACGCGGGAGGGAAAUUGAUCUUUGAGAUGCGCGGAUAUUGACUUUAUAGCUAAUGCUUUAGAAUCUUUAACAGAGACUAGGAACCCACAGUUCUGAUCAGUCCAUAUACUUGCCAGGGAUUUGGGGGGUUAAAUUAUGACGCUCUUCAAAUUGACUUAAGUACACUGAAUUUAGAUUUCAUGCUUUUAAAAUUUGGACUAAGGUGUUCUAGAACUUAAACGGUUUUCAUGAAUAAUUUGAGAUUCUAUAAACGUUUCAUUAAAUUCUGUAUAACCUGUGG